AAACAACAAUAAGGAAGUGGAAAGUGAAGUAUCGGGGUACAAAAUGCAACAGUCACGCUAAAUAUUGGAAGUAAUUAAUAGUUUUCAACGCGCCCAAAUUGGGAUUAUUAUGCAAUAGUUUUCAUUCUUCACAAGCGACACUAGCGAUGGAGGGCUCCAAGUCGUCGAGCACAACCAUGCAGGUCAGCUUCGUGUGUCAGCGGUGCUGUCAGCCGCUCAAACUGGACACAUCCUUCAAUGUGCUGGAUCGGGUCACAAUACAGGAACUUAUCGCUCCGCUGGUCACAGUGACCCCCAGUAAACAGGCUGACAACACUGACGGGGAGACAGCACCAGAGGAGACCUUUGCAGAAAACAAGCAAGAUGGAGUGUCAAGAAAAUACAUCCCUCCUGCACGGAUGAUGUCCACAGAGAGCGCCAACAGCUUCACACUGAUUGGAGAAGCAUCGGACGGCGGCACCAUGGAAAAUCUUAGUCGAAGGCUGAAGGUGACCAGUGACCUAUUUGACAUCAUGUCAGGUCAGACUGAUGUGGACCACCCACUGUGUGAGGAGUGUACUGACACCCUGCUGGACCACCUGGACACGCAGCUCAACAUCACAGAGAACGAAUGCCAGAAUUAUAAGCAGUGCUUGGAGCUGCUGUCACACCUGCAGGUGGAGGGAGAGGAGACCCUGCUGGCAGAGCUGCAUCAGCUGAAGGAGGAGGAGGAGGCUCUGGUGCAGGAGCUGGAGGCAGUGGAGGAGCAGAGGGCUGCUGUAGCCCAGGACCUGACCCAGAGCAGGAUCCACUCUCAGCAGCUGGACACAGAGGAGCUACAGUACCAGAAGGAGUACAGCGAGUUUAAAAGGCAACAGCUGGAGCUGGAUGAUGAGCUGAAGAGUGUUGACAACCAGAUGCGUUACUGCCAGAUUCAGCUCGAUCGCCUGAAAAAGACCAACGUCUUCAAUGCCACAUUUCACAUCUGGCACAGCGGACAGUUUGGUACCAUCAACAACUUCCGUCUGGGUCGACUCCCCAGCGUUCCCGUGGAGUGGAACGAGAUCAACGCUGCCUGGGGGCAGACAGUGCUGCUGCUGCACGCUCUGGCCAACAAAAUGGGGCUGCGCUUCCAGAGAUAUCGUCUGGUUCCAUACGGAAACCACUCAUACUUAGAGUCACUGACAGACAAGUCUAAGGAGCUCCCUCUGUACUGCUCAGGUGGCCUGAGGUUCUUCUGGGACAAUAAAUUCGACCACGCCAUGGUGGCCUUUCUGGACUGUGUCCAGCAGUUCAAAGAGGAGGUGGAAAAAGGAGACACUGGCUUCUGCCUUCCAUACAGGAUGGACGUGGAGAAGGGUAAGAUCGAGGACACGGGUGGCAGCGGCGGCUCCUACUCCAUCAAAACCCAGUUCAACUCUGAGGAGCAGUGGACCAAGGCACUCAAGUUCAUGCUCACCAACCUGAAGUGGGGACUGGCCUGGGUCACAUCACAGUUCUACAACAGAUAAAAUUGACGGACAAUGUUGUGUGAUAUUGCAUAGUUUUAUGCCCCUUUCAUGAAUGGAUUUUGUGUGAAUCUUAAUACUUGGCCAAAGGAAAAGAAAUGGUUAUAUGUGCACCAUUUUUGCAAGUCUGUUCAGUGCAAAAGAAACAGGGAGUCAUGUUGUAGAUCUUCAGUCCAGAUUGUGUUUUUUUUUUACAUAGAAGGCGAUAAUUUGUAUCUAGUUUGCUGCAAAGUUGACUUUAUAAUUGCGUGCCCCACUUUGGAAGCAGUCAAGACGGGCACAGGUUGUAGUCACAUCCUUUAAGCAAGUAGGAUAAGAUAACUACAUGAGCGUCUUUUAAUUUAUUUUCAUCGUCUGCUUCACUAAUUAAUAUCUGGCUUUUUCUGAAGAGCUGACGUUGCAUUAAAACUUCACGCUUCCUCAGACUAGAAUGUAAUUUAAAAGAAAUCUUUACCAAAUUCACUUAUAACCACUUUAUCAAGUUCAAGGUAUCCUUGCUCAGUGCAGUUAUGAAAUCCCUGUGUAACUUUCUCCACAAUGAGGAAAAAAAAUGUCCCAAUCUGUAAAUGUCCCAAUUAUAUAAGAUGUAAGAUAAUGAUGUGAUAAUACCAGUGUGUUGGAUUUU